AUGCGUGGCUAUCUGCAAUUCAUCAUUCUCCUCUUCGUGCUUUACUUCUGGGCAUGUGUCCCAUUUGUCUACACAGUAUCCUUCAUGUUUUCAUCUCCCUCGAAGGCGAACGUUUUGCUGAUCAUUUGGCAGCUUGUUGCGGCUUUUGCAGCAAUGAUAGUACUGUUCCUAUUGAGUCUCCAAGAAACUGUUGAUCCAUCGCUACUUGAGAUUAUUGGAGUUGCUAAUGAUGAAGAAGACAGUGCAGUAAGAGAAGAACGCAUCUAUGUGACUGAAUCGGGCGAGGACCUGGCUUUGGAAGUCCAGGAUCUAUGUAAAAUGUAUGGAAGGUUGAGGGCUGUUGAUGGAUUGACUAUGGGUGUUAGAAGUCGAGAAUGUUUUGGUCUGCUAGGAGUCAAUGGUGCGGGAAAGACUACAACGUUUGAUAUUCUGACGGGACAGUUGUUUGCUACAGCU